UAGGGUUCUCUUCCGGCCGCUGAAGGCAGACUCCGAGCGUGGAUUUUUUUAUCUGGGCUCUAAAAUCAAUCAAAAUGAGCGUCCCGGCAUUUAUUGACAUAACGGAGGAGGACCAGGCAUCUGAGCUUCGUGCCUAUCUAAAGUCUAAAGAAGCUGAGAUCUCAGAGGAAAAUUCAGAAGGAGGCCUGCACGUCGAUCUGGCACAGAUCAUAGAAGCAUGUGAUGUCUGUCUGAAGGACGAUGACAAAGAUGUUGAGAGUGUGAUGAACAGCAUUGUGUCCCUGCUGCUAAUUCUGGAGACAGAGAAGCAGGAGGCUCUCAUUGAGAGUUUAUGUGAGAAGCUGGUGAAGUUUCGGGAGGGUGAACGUCCUUCACUCAGGAUGCAGCUUUUGAGCAAUCUGUUCCACGGUAUGGAUGAGAACACGCCAGUAAGGUACACCGUGUACUGCAGUCUGAUCAAAGUGGCGACCACUUGCAAUGCCAUUGCUUUCAUGCCUACAGAACUUGACCAGGUGCGAAAGUGGAUCGUAGACUGGAAUUUAAACACAGAGAAAAAACACACUCUGCUCAGGCUGGUGUAUGAGGCGCUGGUCGACUGCAAGAAGAGUGAAGCUGCUGCUAAAGUGAUGGUGGAGUUACUGGGCAGUUACACGGAGGACAACGCAUCACAAGCCAGAGUGGAUGCACACAGGUGUAUCGUUCGUGCCCUGAAAGAUACAAACACCUAUCUGUUCGACCAUCUGCUGGCGUUGAAACCUGUGCGUUUCCUGGAGGGAGAACUCAUCCAUGAUCUCCUGACCAUCUUUGUCAGUGCAAAGCUUGUGUCAUAUGUAAAGUUCUACCAGAGCAACAAAGAUUUCAUUGAGUCUCUCGGUUUGUCUCAUGAGCAAAAUAUGGCGAAAAUGAGGCUGUUGACUUUCUUGGGCAUGGCGGUGGAGAUGAAGGAGAUCUGUUUCGACACAAUGCAGCAGGAGCUUCAGAUCGGCGCUGAUGAUGUGGAGGCUUUCGUCAUUGAUGCUGUUCGGACCAAAAUGGUCUAUUGUAAGAUUGACCAGACACAGAGGAAGGUUGUGGUGAGUCACAGCACACACCGCACCUUUGGCAAACAGCAGUGGCAGCAGCUGGUUGACACACUUUCCUCCUGGAAACAGAAUCUGGCAUCUGUAAAGACCAGCCUUCAGACGCUCUCUCCCACUGCCUGACGCAGCUGAUGCAGUUUUUAUACACACUCAAUAAAAGACUGAUGAAGACCAUG